AUGUCGUCGACGCCAGAAACACCAGAGUGUCCGCUGCCCAGCAUCAACCGCUUCAUAACUACUCACGACGAAAGCACCGGAAAAGCCAUCUUUCAUAAUGCACUCCCCGAACAAAAUCCCACCGAAGUCCUCCCCAAUGCCGCUGUAUUUAGACUGGGGUAUACGACUAAAGAUUUUCCCGCGCAAUUGAACGAAGACAAGGAUGUGAACACAUACAAAGAGUUUCUGAGUUCCCCACCGGGUCUCGUUGCUUCAGGAGGCACUGUUCUACGCGUAGUGGACGCACCGCCGAAUUCCAUAUCGCCGAUGCAUCGAACGGUAUCGUUGGAUUACGGCAUCGUACUUGAAGGAGAGGUUGAUUUGGUGCUGGACUCGGGAGAAGUGAGGCAUAUGAAGAGGGGAGAUAUCGCUGUUCAAAGGGGGACGAUGCAUGCUUGGCGCAAUAACUCUUCAACUGAGUGGAGUCGUAUUGUUUUUGUUUUGCAGCCUUGUCAACCUGUGGUUCUUGCUGGCCAGGAACUUAAAGAAGAUUAUGCAGACAUGCAGGGAGUGAAAGCUUCAGAGUGA